UAACUAACAAAUAGUCCGAUAUUUCAAAAAUGAAUUGAUGUGUAGACAUUGCACACAAAACCCGCCUCAAUUCAAAAGAAUAACGCAUCACACUUUAAGUGGACGGAAUAGAGGAGAAUGGGAACGGGAUGAUCAGAAGGCAAAUAGUCUGGUGGCAUUUGAAGCGGGACAUUUGUCAUGAGUCUGAAAAUAAAACAGAGUUCACAUUUGUGAUACGAACAUAAAAUCACAAUGUGUUUUAAUCUCAACCGAAUCCGACCCGCGUCAGCGUUGCUCAGGAGUAUAAAAGCGUUGAGCCGUAGUCAGUAUAAUUUGCAGUAUCAGUUGCGUUUCAAGUACGAGUAUCUUGAACCCAAACGCACCACCAAAAGCGGAGGCGACUCAGCGAUGGACGGAGAACCAAAGCUGCCCUGGUCACCGUUCAAGCCGUGCUUUACAUUUACAGAUGCCCAGAAGGAACUCUGCCUCAAGGAUGUAAAUAUCGCCGAUAUUGUGAGGGAGAAGACCGAGCGCAAGGAAUUCUUCUAUGGCAUUGAAACGAAACCUCUCGACGGUGACGAGACUGCUUGCCUUGAUUUUCACAUGUUUCUGCCCCAAAUGCCCGAAUUCAUUAGCGUUGUGUGGACGAAACGAUUUUCGGAUGCCAUUGAAGAGGCGACCAUGGCACGAAUACCCAACAUUCAGAUGAUGCCCUGCUUGACACCAUACAUUCCCGCCAUGAUUCACAUGACGGUAUAUAAACUAACCCAACAGCAUCUUAACGAUUUCCUCGACUUGAAUCUCAACAAUGUUCUCAUGAUUCGCGGCGAUCACGUCGAGGAGGGGCAGGAAUAUAACUAUGCCUAUGAGGCGGUAAAGUACUUGCGAUGUGUUCGUAGCGAUAUGGCGAUUGCUGUCGCGGGCUAUCCGGAGGGAUAUACGAAUUUGCAAGUAGGACCUCGAGACAAGGAAUUGGACAUGGAAUACAUGAAGUUAAAGAUGGAUUCCGGCGCCGAUUUCAUUGUCACCCAACUGUGCUACUCGGGAGACACAAUCGUGGAAUUCCUACAAGAUGCUCGCAAUGCUGGAAUUACGGCUCCCAUUAUGCUGGGCAUUCUCAUACCAGAAUCUUUUGCCCGAUAUGAACGCAUGGCAGGUUUCUCCAAAGUAUUUCUUACCCCAGAGCAAUUAGCCGAAGUGGAACCGAUUAAGGACGACGAUGAAGCGGUUAUGAAUUAUUUUAUUCAGUUAUCGGUGCGAAAUAUUCAACAGACUUUGGCUGCCAAUUUGGGUGUUUAUGGCGUUCAUUUCUAUACCUUGAAUCGUUUUCGACCGGUACUCGAUAUAAUCGCAGAACUGAGAAAACUUGGUAUACUGAGUUGUUAAAUCAGGACAUUAGUAUAGUUUUUCCAAAUUGUUGGUAAUUCACAAAAUAUGAAGUAUAAAUUCAGUAUUAUUCAAUUUUAAGUGUGUACACACUGUCGCACUUGGAGCUUUUUAGCAAUGGUGUGAAAAUUAUUUAGAA